UAUAUAUUUCAGAGGAGAUGUUGAGUGGAUCACGUUAUUCAAAAGGUAAUCAUACUUGCAGUUAAAAUGACUGCCGGAUACCACCUUGUCACACGAUUCAUCGGAACCCAUAUUGAUUGGUCAUAGCAAAACUAGAAUUAAGGGAAAUGGAGAAAAAUAAUGAAACAAAUGUGGAAGAUUCAGAUAUGUCAAAGGAAAACAGGGAUUUUGCAGAUGGUGAUGAUAUAAGUGCUUUAGCAAAGGAAGUAGACCAAAACAAUUCGAACAAAGACGGUGGUUAUGGCUGGGUAAUUGUGUUGGCCUUCUUUUUCAUUGAAGUGCUUGUGGACGGUUGCAGAUUCUCCUACGGUAUCUAUUUCGUGGAAUUUGUGAGCGAGUUCGAAACUGGAAAAGGCGAAACAGCAAUGAUUGGAUCUCUAAUGAUUGGUGUCUAUAAUUUAGCAGGACCGCUUUUUGCAUUUAUUGUCAACAAGUUUGGAUUCCGAAUAAGUGCUUUCAUUGGUGGACUAAUCGCAACGAUUGGAUACGCUGCAAGUUUCUUUGCACCAAGCGUCUACUUUCUUUACUUCUCCUAUGGUGUUUGUACAGGUUUUGGAUUCGGUCUGGUUUUCUUAUCUGGAACAGUGGCAGUAGGUCGCUACUUCUUCCGGAAACGAGCAAUGGCCAUGGGGAUUGGCCUUUGUGGUGCUGGAGUAGGAACAUUUGUGUUUGUACCACUUGUCAGAUACUUGCUUGAUACAUACGCAUGGAGAGGAUCAAUGCUUAUAAUGUCUGGAAUGGCCCUUAAUUGUUGUUUAUGUGCAAUGCUCCUAGUCCCAAGGAAACUAGAUGAUAUAUUUGACGCAGAUAGAGUUGAUCUUGAGCUAGUAGCAGUUCAAGACGUCGGCAAUGAUAACGGCAGUAUUUUAAGUGACCAUACGGCUAGAAACGGAUCAAUAUGUACCGUCGAAAUAAAUGGUAAAGACUCCAUAUCAACAUUUUUGAAAAACAAAAUGCUUCCAGGUCGUAGUGUGAAAGGCAGUCCACUUCCAACAAGAACAUUUGCGGAGUUACGCAUGGAGCAAUUGAAUGCAUACAAGCAUACAUCUCAUGGAUCAUACAGAAGCGUUAACCCCGGCCUCAAUAAUCAAGGUUCUCAUCGUAGCCUUGGUCAAGGGUCUUUCAGAAGUAUUAAUAUGCCAAUUCUAAGCCAAAGUAUACUAGGAAGUAAUGCAUCGUUUGAAUACAUAUUCGAAAAACGCACGCGCAGUCGAACAUCAAGUUUAAAUGUUUCGCAUCCAUUGACACAGCAGCACAGCAUUUUUCUAAACCAUAACGAGAAGGCAAUAGAAAACGUCACAAAAGACAAUGAUAAAUUCACCUACCCAUUUAUUGAAGCUAUGUUUCCAAAGGUUCUUAUGAAAAACCUUAAUUUUAUGAUUAUGAUGGCAGUCUGUUUAGUCGCUGGCACAGGGUCGUUUGUUCCGUUCAGUAUGCUGCCAGACUUUGCCCUGUCCGUAGGCAGUACCCCCGCUCAAAGUGCAUGGCCUCUCUCUGUCAUUGGCAUAGGAGGGGUUUUAGGCAGAGUUGCAGGGGGAUGGUUGUGCGAUAUGAACUGUGUCCACUCUCUUACACUCCUAGGUGUAUGCUUCCUUGUGAUCGGAGUUACAACAACAAUAGCAGCAUUUAUGACCUCGUUCGUACCGCUAGUCAUUUACGCAGCUUUCUACGGCAUAUUCUUUGGAGCCGUGUACACUGUUCAGCCUAUUGUUUUCUUUGAAUAUUUCGGAGAAGAGUAUAUCGCCGAGCUCCUGGGCUCAUGCAUGUUGUGGUACGGAGUUGCCUCUUUUAUUGGGGCCCCAAUGGCAGGUUUGAUCUUCGAUGCGACGGGCUCUUAUCAAAGUAGUUUCCUAGCGACAGGAGUUAUCUUUCUUGUUGCUGGAGUUAUAAACUUUUUCGUUCUGUGCACAGGAUCCUGUCAGCGUGUUGACAAAAAUGAAUCAUUCGAUGACAGUACUGAGAAAGAUUGAAAUGCUUGAUUGAAUGUUGUUUGGGGCUAUAACACUAUAUUUUGGAAGGCGGUCUUUCAGAAGGUUUAAAUGUGUAUUCAGCCCUCACACCGGAUGUAAGUGGCAGACAGAAACUCUUUUUUAGGUGCGCAAAGUCCCAAGCUCGUUUAAAGUAAGACUUUCAAAAGCGUAUGAUAAUAUUAUUUGUUCAAGAUCGAGUAAGCAAAGAAAAGUAUUCGGUACAUAUUGCGGCAUCGAACGAGGGGCUCAAUUACUGACUCGGGACAAUUUUAACUUGAUACAUAUCUUAAAUAUCCUUCUUUUUAAAGUGAAUCAUGACAAUAGUGCUGAAAACAAUAUUUAGAAAUGUUUUAUCGUUAGGGAAAAUCAUGCAAAGCGACACUUGAUCGCAUCCUAUGGUUUGUGGUCUUUAAGCCGGACAAGUGGGAUUCCUCCAGCGCGUCGCAUCGUGCCAACGAGAGUGAUCAAUAUAAUGUUGUUAUAACUUGUUUCACAAUCAUUGUAAAAUAAAAAAAGAAAAUGUC